AUGUUAGCCUUUUUUGCUACAGGUUAAUAAUUUUAUCCUGAUAAAAAAUCUUAAAGAUUUAAAUAAAUAUAAGCUUCUGCUCUUAAAUACAUGACCUUAAACAUUAUUCAAAUAGUUUUUAUUUAUAAAAUAGUAAUUAUGGAUAAAAUAAAUUAAAAUUAAAAUACUAAUAAAUGCAUUAAUGGGUUCGAUGAUCCAAGAAUGUAAAAUAAACUAGAAUGCUAACAUUUAUCAAACUGGAGAUUAAAAAAACAAUAUUUAUUUUAAAAUAUAGCAAAAAGACCAGAUAAUUCAGUUUCCUAAGGAAAAAUUAUAAAUAAAAAUUAAUUUAAUAAUACAAAAAGUUUAGAUUCUAAAAAUUAAAAGUAAAACUUAUUUUACAUUGCAAGUAAUCAUAAUUAUGUUACAAGACCACUUUUGGGAAUAAAUAAUGAUUUAUAAAAUUAACCUAAAAUUAGAAAUAUGAAAGUUGUUUCUAAUGAUACUCCUAAUUGGUGUUAAAAUAUUAACAAAUUUUAUUAUAAUAAACGCAUUGAAGCAUCUGUAAAUACAAUAAAUAAUUUUAAAUCUAAUUUAGAUAUUUUUGGAAAUAAUAAAGAAAAAUACGAUAAUAAUUUUUAGUUUGAAAUUAUUGUUCCUAAUGUAAACUAAUUAAGGGAACCUAAAAGAAUGAUUAUUGGUGACAAAUAAUAAUUAAAAGAAAUAAGAUUUUUAUGUAUAAAAAAACUAAAAUAUAUUUUAUUUUUAUAAAUAAUUAGCUUAAUAAGAUUAAAGAAGAGGAAAAUGUAAAAUUGAAUGGAUAGAAAACAUUAAAAAUCAAAAAUUUGAUAAUCCUUUACCAACUCAAAAAAUAGGAAAUUUAGAAAAACCUUUUAUAAAGAAAUUAAAUUAAAGACGUGCUAUAAUAUAAAGUGAGAAAAAGUAGAAUUAAUAUGAAAAAGUCUAUUAUAAAGUCAAAAAAGAUAAUUUAGUUUAAUUAAAAAUAGGACAUGGAGUUUCAUAAACAUU